GAUUCAACUCUGUUUCGAUUCGUCUCAUAGUAUAAAAAAGAUAAUAAAUAUUUAUAAAUAAACAUUUUUAUCAUUUGAACAUAAUUAUUUUUAUACUUUUAUAUGAAUGUUUUCAAAAAAUGAAUUAUUAAAGACCAAAACGCCAUCGAACGGUAUUGGCAGAAAGGAAUUUAUAGAAAAUUUAGUUCAAGAGUUUUAUACUACAACAAAUAUUGAGGCCCAGGAACAAGUAACAGCUAACUUGGCUAAUUUUGCAUAUGACCCGAUAAAUUUUCAGCAUCUCCGUGAUGCAAAUGCAGUUAAUUUAUUCUUCCAACUUAUCACUUCACGCAACGAACGAUUGGUGCUUCAUGGUAUAGCCGGUAUUUGUAAUAUUUGCUUGGAUUCCCUUUCGCAGACAGAAAUAACCAACUCGAAAAAUAUUAAAAUACUAUUUGAAUUGUUUGAAACACAGACAAAUGCGGAUAUUAUAAUACAUUUACUGACGACAAUCUACCUCUUGGCUGCUAAUAAAAGUUUAAGCUCAAACGUUUACACCAAAGAGAACUUACAAAGAAUUCGAAGUCUUACAAAAUCAUCUGAAAAAAGAAUUGAGUCUUUGGCCUCUAUUAUCAUCGAAGAUUUUGGAACUUUGGAAAAACGAACUAAUGCUUACACUGUUGUCAUCAACAAAAUAUUUACACAAGAUGACUUGGACAAAUUUACGAUGUUAACAGGCGAUACCAAUCCAAUUCACUCAAUUCAAUCGCCAGAAAAUGAACGAAUGGUUCACGGUGCGCUCUUAAAUGGUAUAAUAUCGGGAAUAAUGGGAACUCGACUACCCGGCCCAGGUUCGAUUGUUAUAUCACAAGAAUUUAAAUUUCCGCAUCAGUGUCGAAUAAACAAAGAUACAACAAUAGUUGUUAAACUUUUGAGUAAGCGCAAAAUAAGUUUGGUUCAUUAUGAAUGCAGGCAGGAUGAUAAAGUUGUUUUUGAAGGGGAAGCCAAAGUAAUGUCUCCAAGAAAUAAUUUAAAAUAAAAGACUGA